GACCUGGAAGUUAUUCAUUAAAAUCUUGCAAGCAUGAGGAUGAUGCAUUGUCAGAUGGUGGAGAUACAACUUUUACUUUAUUUGCUUCUCUACUUGAUUCUGCUCUCCAAGUUGACAGUCUGUGUAUCACAGGGUUGAUGCCUAUCCCUGAUUUGAUAUUGCAAUUUGAGAGAUCUUGCCGCAAUGUAUCAGAGUCAAUAAGGUAUGGAUCCAAUGAAAGACAGAGAAUUGUGGAGGACAAGUUGAUGAGGCAGAAGGCUCGAGUCUUACUUGAUGAGGCUGCUUCUUGGUCUCUUUUGUGGUACCUAUAUGGGAAAGGAAAUGAAGAACUUCCAGAAGAUCUGAUGCUGUCGCCUACAACUUCGCAUUUGGAGGCUUGCCAGUUUGUUGUUGCAGAUCAUACAGCACAAUUAGGCCUCCGGAUUGUUCAGUGGCUUGAAGGAUUAGCCUCCAAAGUACUUGAUUGGGAUAAUGAGGUGAGAGGUUCUCAUGUUGGUACUUAUCUCCCCAGCUCUGGGGUUUGGCGUCAUACUCAACGUGCUCUAAAGAAAGGUGUCUCCAAACCAAAAACUGUUCAUCACUUGGAUUUUGAUGCUCCAACGCGUGAACAUGCUGAACAACUACCCGAUGAUAAAAAACAAGAUGAAUCUCUUCUGGAAGAUGUCUGGACCUUGUUAAGGGCUGGCAGACUAGAGGAGGCAUGUGAUCUUUGCCGGUCUGCUGGACAGCCAUGGAGAGCUGCAACUCUAUGCCCAUUUGGAGGGUUGGACCUAUGUCCAUCAGUUGAAGCCCUGGUAAAAAAUGGAAAGAAUAGAACACUGCAAGCUAUUGAACUUGAAAGUGGCAUUGGUCACCAAUGGCGCCUUUGGAAAUGGGCUACCUAUUGUGUAUCAGAGAGAAUUGCAGAGCAAGAUGGUGGGAAAUAUGAAACAGCAGUAUAUGCAGCCCAAUGUAGUAACUUGAAGCGUAUUCUUCCUAUUUGUACAGACUGGGAGUCAGCAUGUUGGGCGAUGGCCAAGUCAUGGCUUGAUGUUCAGGUGGAUCUUGAACUAGCCCGCUUGCAACCUGGUGGAAUGGAUCAAUUUAAAACUUAUGAAGAUGCAAUUGACAGAAGUCAUGGACAAGGAGACAGUGUUUCUCCAUCUACAGUUGGGCCAGAAAAUUGGCCACUACAAGUUCUGAAUCAGCAACCCCGGCAUCUGCCUGCGCUUCUUCAGAAACUCCAUUCAAGUGACUCAGUACAUGAAGCUAUUACUGAAGAAUGCAAGGAGCAGCACCGGCAAAUUGAAAUGAAUCUUAUGAUGGGAGAUAUACCGCAUCUGCUAGACGUUAUAUGGUCAUGGAUAUCACCAUCCGAAGAUGAGGAAAACGUCUUCAGGCCUCAUGGUGAUCCUCAGAUGAUUCGUUUUGGUGCACACUUGGUUCUUGUUCUUAGAUACUUACUUGUGGAACAAAUGAAGGAUGCUUUCAGAGAGAAGAUCAUGACUGUUGGUGACCUCAUUCUUCAUAU